UAACAGGCAAACGCUACCCAAUUCACUUCACACCUUCAUUGGCUUUUCCUGACCAUGAUUUGGUUUUCAAGAUGCAGGGGAUUCAUCUUGGCCUCGUGUUUCUCGAUCAUCUUCAUGGCUCUUCCGGUUGCUGAUGCUAGAAUUCGCCGGUACAGAUGGGAUGUAAAGUACGAGUACAAGUCCCCUGAUUGUGUUAAGAAGCUUGUCAUCACCAUUAACGGUCAAAGUCCAGGGCCCACAAUCAGGGCACAGCAAGGUGAAACCAUCAUCGUCGAGCUUACAAAUAAUCUGCUGACAGAGAAUGUUGCAAUCCACUGGCAUGGAAUCCGACAGAAAGGAACACCAUGGUUUGAUGGAACUGAAGGGGUGACUCAGUGUCCAAUUGUGCCUGGAACCACUUUCAAAUACCAGUUUGUUGUUGAUAGAUCUGGAACAUACUUGUAUCAUGCACAUUAUGGAAUGCAAAGAGAAGCUGGACUGUAUGGAUCAAUCCAUGUAUCACUUCCGGACGGGGAAAAGGAACCCUUCACCUACGACUAUGAUCGGAACAUCAUCCUAACGGAUUGGUACCACAAGAGUACUUAUGAGCAUGCCGUUGGCCUGGAUUCCAUUCCCUUUCAAUGGGUUGGGGAACCUGAUUCGCUUUUGAUCCAUGGAAAAGGAAGGUUCAAUUGCUCUAAACUCACCACUGCAAGUUUAGAUGCCGGUAUCUGUAAUGCCACAAAUCCAGUCUGCUCUAAUUAUACAUUGACUGUAGUCUCUGGAAAAACAUAUCGCCUUAGAAUUUCCAGUUUAACUGCUCUAUCCGCUCUUAGUUUCCAGAUAGAGGAUCAUAACAUGACUAUUGUGGAAGCAGACGGGUUUUUUGUUGAGCCAGUUGUAGUACAGAACUUGUUCAUAUACUCUGGUGAGACAUACUCUGUUCUGAUUAAGGCCGAUCAAGAACCUUCGAGAAAUUACUGGGCAACCACCAGUAUUGUUAGCCGGGACUCCAGUACUCCGCCGGGGUUAGCCGUUUUUAAUUACUAUCCAAACCAUCCAAGGAGAAGCCCUCCGACUGAUCCCCCAACCGGCCCUGCCUGGGACGACGUUGCUCCACGGAAGGCACAGAGUAAUGCCCUGAGAGCUCGCCACGGCUUCUUUCACCCACCCCCUCCCCUCCACGAUAGGAUGAUUGUGUUCCUCAACACUCAGAAUUUAGUAAAGGGCCGUACCCGAUGGUCUGUCAACAAUGUCUCCUUCACUCUUCCGGACACGCCUUACCUGAUUGCGCUCAAGGAGAAUUUAACUGAUACUUUUGAUCAAACCCCACCGCCGGAUGGAUACGACUUCCUGAAUUAUGAUAUUUACAAGCAACAAGACAACCAAAAUGGCACUUCCAGAAACGGAAUUUACAGGCUGGAUUUCAACUCCACGGUGGACAUUAUACUUCAGAAUGCAAACUCCAUGCAGCGGAAUAAAAGUGAGACGCAUCCCUGGCAUCUCCACGGACAUGAUUUCUGGGUUUUGGGCUAUGGGGAUGGCAAGUUUGACAUGUAUAAUGAUCCCAAGAAGUACAAUUUGGUAGAUCCUGUGCUGAAGAACACUGUGCCUGUCCACCCGUAUGGUUGGACUGCUUUGAGGUUUCAGGCGGACAACCCAGGAGUCUGGUUAUUCCACUGCCAUAUAGAAUCCCAUUUUUUUAUGGGUAUGGGAGUAGUGUUUGAAGAGGGAAUCGAGCAGGUAGGGAAACUGCCUUCCUCCAUUAUGGGAUGCGGUGAAACUUUAGGUCGCCACUCACCUUAAUUGGCAAGUUUUACAGUAACAUUUUCAUAUUCUAAUCCUACCCAUGUAAAAUUUGUUAGAAAAUGAUUAGGUAUGAUGUUCCCUUGUAGUGUGAAAAAUUAGAGUGUCAUGUCAAAGAAAUGUGAAAAAUAAUAAUAAUAAUAAUAAUAAGUGAUUUAAAUAUGU